AUCAGUAUUUCAGAAGGCAUUCCCCUUGCUACCCACACUUUGCAGUCGUGAACACGCGUUUUGUGCUCUAGAAAAGAAUUCACGCUUCACCGGAAUCGUCCCGAAUCCAGUAGCCUCCCCUUAGUUGCUUGUCAUCAGAACACUUCGCUUGCUCCAAUCCGAUCAUUGACGCUUACGAUACUUCCGCAAAGAUUUCCCGAGGGGACGUCAAAAUAGAGCGGUCCGGGUGUCCUGGGAUCUGUGGCCCGCAGGCCGCGACCACAUCAACCCUGUCUUUCUCAAGCUUCCGCAGCUCUUUCACUUCCAAUGUUAAUUACUUGAAAAGAAGUUCAGUGGAGGCAUUGCGCAGAUUCAGCUCCGGUGAUCUGCAGUCGGAGUGCGAUGAGGGCGAGGUGGACCCUUACACGGGCCGCGCGGCCACCACUAGUCAACCCAAGCCGCAAGCUCAAAAGCCCACGUCGCAGGCGACUGGAGGCAGCUUGGGAGGCUCGUCCGGACCUCCGCCAGCGCCGUCUGCUGCAGCAGCUGGUGGGGACCUCUCUCUUAAUUUGCGAGGCGGCUCUAGGGGUACAUCAGCGCCAUCUUCCCCCGCCAAAUCUAGAGAGUCCUUGUUGCAACGGGUACAAUCUCUCACAGGCGCCGCUCGUGAUCAAGGCGCUAAUUUACUCGGAAGUGUAACAUCGGUAGCGUCAGUGGGCCGUGGUUACAACCGAGACCGAUGUGUGACGUUGCUUGUGGUGGACGAUCAAAAUACCGACUGGUCCAAGUACUUUAGAGGUCGGAGGCUGCCGGGAGAAUGGGACAUCCGCGUGGAACAGGCGGAAUUCAGGGAACUCACAGUAACUGCGAACUCGGAUGGAGCCAACGUUUCCAUGGCGGUGUACCGUAGUGGUACGAAAGUGACACGAUGUUUCAAGCCUGAUUUCGUGCUGGUGAGGCAAAACGUACGGGACGCUGGCGCCGAUCAUCGCGCUCUACUGCUGGGACUCAAGUUCGGAGGAGUUCCUUCCAUCAACAGCCUCAACUCAAUUUACCAUUUCCAAGAUCGUCCUUGGGUUUUUGGACAUCUUCUACAGCUUCAGAGGCGCCUUGGUCGGGAGAACUUUCCUCUCAUCGAACAAACCUACUACCACAACCACACUGACAUGGUCACAGCGCCCAAGUUCCCCGUGGUGAUCAAGAUAGGGCACGCACAUAGCGGCGUCGCUAAGGUGAAAGUGGACUCCCUGGCCGAUUUCCAGGACAUUGCUGGUGUUGUAGCAAUGCUGGGAACUUAUUGCACUGUGGAACCGUACAUCGACGCUAAAUACGACAUUCACAUUCAAAAGAUCGGCACCAACUACAAAGCAUUCAUGCGCAAAUCUAUUUCGGGUAACUGGAAAACGAACCAGGGAUCUGCUAUGCUCGAGGCCAUCGGUAUGAAUGACAGAUAUAAAAUGUGGAUUGACGAGGUGAGCGAAAUAUUCGGAGGACUUGAGGUUUGCGCUUUGGAACUGGUCGUGGGUAAGGACGGUCGCGAACACAUCAUCGAACUUAACGACUCUGCUACUUCGUUCAUGGGAGACUCACAAGAGGAAGAUCGUCGUAAUCUCGCUGAACUAGUUCUGCAGCGCAUGCAGGCGGUGUGUCGUCCAGGUCUAACAAAGACGACAUCUAGGUCAUCGGUAUCGGGUGUUUCGGCAGCAGGAUCUCCUGAGGAACGCGGCGGAGCCCUGCCCGGGACCGGUCCACCAACAGCGCCGCCUCCAGCGCCUCUCUCCUCGGCCACCAGCAUUGACCGCCCGCUGCCACCAAUUCCAGCCGAACCCACUCAGCCACCGCCGCCGCCGCUCACCCGACGUGACUCUCAAGCAUCUCAAUCGUCGACGGUGUCAUCUGCGUCGGCGGCUCCGAGCUCUGGUCCGGCGGGCGGCGUGACUGGAGCCGGGUCUGUGGGUCCGGCGGCUCCGGCUCCGACGUCCGGCCGCGGUGGGUUCGCACGCCAGGGCUCGCUUAGCGCCGCGCUCACUGAAGACGCCGAAGACACCAUGAAGAACUUACGGAAAACUUUCGCUGGAAUCUUCGGUGACAUGUAACGUGUCAAUUAAUCUCAUUUCGUUUUCUCGCAUUAAAACUGUAUAAUCUUAAAACUUACUAAUUUUACAGAUGAGUGUUUUAAACGUUUAACAUGUGAUAAUUUUAAUAUUAAUCAUCUUUGCAACAUUGAUUUUUUUAU